GAUAUUUGAGCACCAAAAUGAGCUCUACUAAAUUUUUUGAUGUGCGCUCUAAUUAGAUUGUUUAGAACCUCGGCUCUAUACAAACGUUUUCCUUUUUUUCACAUUCGGCCCGUGCUGUUCCUUGGGAAAGCAAAAUCCUCGUCUCCCUCUCCUACGAAUCCCAUCUCUACAUUUUAAUAUGUUACUCAGACCUGCGAACCCCGUGGUCUUAAUGGGUUACACCUGCAAUGGCGGAUCACUAAUUUGAGGGCACUCUCUCGCUGCUUCUCACUCCAAGUUUCUCUCUCAUCCAACUUUGUUCAUGGCCGCUUCUUCUCUCUCUACCGCUCUCCUUUCCUCUUCUCAACACUCUGAUUGUCUUCCCAUUCUCUCUCUCUGCAAACCCAACUUUAGAAGCUUCUGUUUAUCUGGUUCUACUGCGUUGCCAGGGUUUAAAGCGAAGGGUUCCCAUGGUUGGGUUUCUCAGUGCAUGAAGAGUUUCGAAGUUGGUGCUGAUUUGCCUGAGGAUUAUGGGGAGUGGUACCCCAAAAAGGAUUCUAGUGAAAGAAGAAGAGCUGGAGUUUUUCUCCACCCGAGUUCAUUUCCUGGGCCUUAUGGCGUUGGGGAUCUCGGAGAGCAGGCUUUUCGGUUCUUGGAUUGGCUUCAUUCGACCGGUUUUUCAGUAUGGCAGGUCCUUCCUCUUGUGCCUCCUGGACGAAAAUCUGGAGAAGAUGGAUCUCCAUAUGCUGGACAGGAUGCUAAUUGUGGGAACACACUUUUGAUAUCCCUUGAAGAACUUGUCAAAGAUGGGUUGCUGACAAAGGAAGAGCUUCCUGAACCUAUGGAUGCGGAGUAUGUAAGAUUCACUGAUGUUGCUGAUGCAAAGGAUCCUUUGAUUGCUAAGGCUGCCAAAAGGCUUAUUGUUGGUGACAGUAAACUCAAACAAGAGCUUGAGAAAUUCCGUACGGCUCCUGAAAUUUCAGGUUGGCUGCAGGAUGCUGCCUUAUUUGCGGCCAUAGACAACAUGCUCAAUACAUUGUCGUGGUGUGAAUGGCCUGAACCUUUACGAAACCGCCACCUGGCAGCAAUGGAAUGUGUAUACCAAAAUCAAAAGGAAUUUAUUGAUAUAUUCAUUGCCGAACAAUUUCUGUUUCAAAGACAAUGGAAAAAAGUUCAUAAUUAUGCUAGGAAGAAAGGAAUAAGCAUUAUGGGAGACAUGCCAAUCUAUGUGGGUUAUCAUAGUGCAGAUGUUUGGGCAAACAAAAGUUUAUUUUUGUUGAGCAGAAGUGGCUUUCCUCUUCUUGUUAGUGGGGUUCCUCCAGAUGCCUUUAGUGAAACUGGACAGCUGUGGGGCAGCCCUCUAUAUGAUUGGAAAGGCAUGGAGAAAGAUGGAUUCUUAUGGUGGAUACAACGGAUAAAGCGUGCUCAUGAUCUAUUUGAUGAAUUCCGGAUAGACCAUUUUCGAGGAUUCACUGGUUACUGGGCUGUUCCAUUUGAAGCAAAGAUUGCAAUGUAUGGAAGAUGGAAGGCUGGACCUGGGGAAGCCUUGUUUGAUGCCAUAUUUAAAGCAAUGGGGAAUAUCAAUAUAGUUGCUGAGGACUUGGGAGUCAUUACAGAUGAUGUUGUUCGACUAAGGAAAGCUAUUGGAGCUCCGGGAAUGGCAGUUCUUCAGUUUGCUUUUGGAAGCGAUUCGGAUAACCCCCACUUGCCUCAUAACCAUGAACCUGAUCAAGUUGUAUACACAGGGACCCAUGACAAUGACACAAUUCUGGGUUGGUGGCAGAAGUUGAAGCAAGAAGAUAAAUCUACUGUACAGAAGUAUCUACACAUAAGCGAUGAGAGCGAUAUUUCAUGGGAGCUGAUUCAAUAUGCAUUAUCUUCAGUUGCAAAAACCACAGUCUUAACAAUGCAAGACAUUCUUGGACUAGAUAAUUCAGCCAGAAUGAAUAUCCCAGCAACUCAGUAUGGUAACUGGCGUUGGCGUAUGGAUAGCUCAAAAAGUUUUGACAGUUUAGAACCAGAAGCAAAGAAACUCCGGGACAUGCUUAUUUUGUACAACAGGCUGAAAUGAGUCAAGCACCAACCAUUUGUUGACAUAUGGUAAGAUCAGGACCAUAAGAUGCCCCUUUUUGCCAUGUGUUGUGUUAUGGCCUUCGUUCCGUACUUUUACUUGUGAAGCAGCUUCUCUGUGUUUGGAUGAAUUCCUAUCCAAUCACCAGGGGAAAUGUGGUGUAUUUUAGUAUUUGAAAUAGGCUUGGAGCUUAUGUAACUGGAAUAAGGUUGUUCUAUAACCAUGUGUUUCUAGCAUAAUUUCCAAAUAAGAAUAUUUGUUCAGUACAAGUGACUGAACAUUGGCUGAAA